CGGGCGCAAGAGUGUAGUUACUGAAAUCUUCCAGGAACUGAACAGUCCCGGGCGGCGCGCAGAACGAAGUGCUUUGACGUGAAAGUGGCAGGUCUGCUUUAUGGGGAGCGUCGUAAUUUGUACCUGUCACCAAAUAUGCUACGACCAGGAGGAUGAAACAAACGGAGAAUGCAGAACGCAUUGGUGGGAUGACAAAAACAUUAUAAUUUUGCAGGGAUGCAUAAAAGGAUGGGACCAGUUGGGAGAACUAGAUGUAGAAGGGAGAACAAUAUUAAAAUGUUUCUCAGAGUGAUAGGGCGUGGACCGCGUUUAAUUAGCUCAGGAUAGGAUCAACUAGUGAGUUCUUCUGAAUACGGGAAUAAACAUUCGGCUUUAAAAAGGCGAGAAAUUUAUUGAUUAUCUUACCGACUAUCAGUUUCUGAGGACUGCUGCGAUGUUUUGAUCCGAAACACAGUAACAACACCCACUCACUGCAGCACGAAGACGGCAGUGUUCUGAAUCGAAAACCGAAAUGCGAACCAUUAAACAGUCCACUCGUUUGUUACAGGAAUUCAAUUCGUAACGUCACCGUCAUGCAAGCCGAUAUGGAACUUAACUUCUCGUUAACUACUCCUCGGAUAACGCUUUAAAAAAGGGGCCGUCCUUCAUGGCUAAAGCACUAGAUCGUCGACGCUUACCGAACGUUUCCUGCUGCUGUUACCGACAGCCAACAGCGCUACUUCGUCUUGAAUUUUUUAUUCAUUCAUUCAAUAACUGACCCUUCUCAUUUAAAGUGUUUAUCCUAUCACACGAAGUUAUAUAACACUGACUGACUGAAGCGGGGAUACGUAAAGAAGCUGUUCCUGGGAUGGCUGAGUCCGGAUUGCCCGCGAAGGCUGCAGAAGGAGGGCGAACAGCACAGGGCAGAAAGGGUGGGAUGUACUGUGCCAGGGGGCGGCAGCCGGGAGACAACGGGUAGGAGUGACUGGGAAAACAAAGUGACAGAAGCUGCAAUAAGAUGCUGAUUAGCGUCUAAUCGGCACAAAUGACGAGACACGUCAUAAAAGGAGCGUGUGCAUUGCAGGAACUGGAAGUCUGCAUAACCUUUUAGCGGUCUAAUGCAGAGUACUCUUAUAAACUGAAAUGACGCCUCCAGACGCUUACGCCGAACCGUAAACACGCGCAAAGUAGACCGGGUUAAGGCGUCAUUAGCAACAGACGCCAAUAAACAACGUCGACGCAUUUGAUAAAGCGACAGGCAAGAUCUCCACAAAGAAUCUUAUUAACAUCCCCAAAUCAAUUACAGACUUUUUACGGUGAUGAUGCGCGCCUUUCAAGAGCGGAAUUUGUUUUACUAUUGUUACGAUGGAGUGAGAGAUUGUGUCACUGGAACUGCCUCUAACGGCCCCUUUGUCCAUCCCCCAAUGAAUAUGGAGCAGCGGUGGAAUGAUACUGACAGGGGGAAACAAAAACUUGUCCAACAUCUGUGUCUCAUGUACUGACCUGGGUACGAACCGGGACCCCCGCUGUAAGAAGCCGGCAUCUAACCGCCUGGACUAUGAAACUGGCAUCAGGACAAAGUGCUCGGUUAAACAAUUAUAAAGCGGUGAAAAAUUAUUAAUGGGGAGGCAAUGAAUUUCACACACACGGACGACGAAAUUUAUAAGCCAGUGACAGGGAGGCCUUCCGGUAACGAAAAUCUAAAGAACAAGAAACAGAUGACAGAGAAAAAGUACUGAGACAUUAAGUGUGUUAAAAGGCGUAAUAAGUUCGUCUAAACAUUUGUGUUACUUUGUUCUGUUGUUUGUGCGAAAUUCUGUCGUGUUGGUGCCUUUGAAAAAGAUCCCUUAGUACAGUCCCGAUUCCAGAAGACGGGAAUUUCCCGCAAUAAAUUCGUAACAUAUCGUCUUAAAAGAUCAAAGAUCUUUCUCAGCAAACGUCCUGAUGAUUUGUGUUCGCCGACGAAGAUGGCUGAAGCAGCGCGUCCGAGCCCAACAGCGAAGACAUUCAUUCUGCAGAUGCCAGGUUCAAAUGUCGGAGCUGUCAUCUUCGUGGCAGUGGAGGGAUCGUACGAACAGAAGGUGCAGUCCAACCUGCGCACGGAGCGCUACACGCUGGUGAGGCAAUUACGUGAACUAACGCGGGAUCCCGUCCUGGCCAACAAUGACAAUGACUGGGAGGGCCAGGCUGUGGAGAAGUUGCUCGUAUUUGAGAAAAUCAUGCACGAGCACUACAAACAUGGCGUCACCCCGAACAAGAUCGACGACUGGAGCUUCUGGAACUCGGUCUUCUACUGUGGCACCAUCUACACAACUAUCGGCUACGGCCACAUCUCUCCCUCCACCACAACGGGGCGAGCCAUCACCAUCGUGUACGCUAUCUUCGGGAUCCCCAUGUUCCUGAUCCUGCUCGCGGACUUCGGGAAGCUGUUCACACGCGGGAUCAAGUUCGUGUGGGCCUUCGUGCGCCGGGUUUACUACACGGGCAGCUGCAAGAAGGUGCGACGCACUGUCCCAGUACAGGAAGUGAUGAAGGGCGUGCAGCUCGUGUAUGAUUUCGCGACUUUUCGCCGCCCAAGUCAGAUGGUGGGUCAGCCCGGAGGGGCCGCCCCCAUCGCGCACCCUGAGGACGUAGAGCUGCAGGUUCCCCUCAACCCGAACCCACAGCAGCAGCCCAACUUGCCCGUGGACGGCCUCGAACCGCCGGGAACCCCGGCCAUCAGCACCUUCGAAGUCGAUGACGAAUUCAACCUGCCCAUCUCCGUUGCGAUCGUCAUUUUGGUCAUAUACAUCUUCGUGGGAGCCAUCAUAUACUGGACCUGGGAGGAAUGGGGGUUCUUCGAGUCCUUCUACUUCGUCUUCAUUUCCAUGUCCACAAUCGGAUUUGGAGACUUCGUCCCAAAGCAUCCCAUGUAUAUGAUGGCAUCCAUCAUUUAUCUCGUAUUUGGUCUUGCACUAACCUCUAUGUGCAUUAAUGUUGUGCAGGAGAAACUAUCGGACAGCUUCCGACAAGCAAGCGCAAAGAUUGGUGCUACGAUUGGACUGCGAGUGAACGAGGAGGAUGGUACAAUAACGCCCUUACCACCGGUACAGAUUGAGAUGCCCGAGGUUCACGGUACCAUGACCAAGUCAAGGACGACAUGAGCGGGCGAAAGUCCGCACGAACAGGGACGCAACUACAUCAGUUAUAAAUGAUGUUACUUGAACACCUGCCAUCUCUUUUCCCUAAGAGCAUCUUCAUGCUUAGACACAGGAAAUGCAAAAAUAGAAAUGGUGCUUCUAAUAUUGUUACUGAACUGAUACUUUACAUUUUAUUGUUUGCUAUAUAGACGUUUGUAUGGGUUUUACAUUUGAAAUGCACCCUCAACACACAGAAAUCGCAGUGAUAUGAUAGCACCAGGAAGCCGAUAUCAGAUCUUUGUUUUAUGACGCUGAAACUGCAGACAGAAUCAACAAGGUACCAUUAUGUUACCUGAUGUAAAUAAUAUUUCAUCAUGAAAUUCAGGCCAAAAUGAUCUAAUUAAUUUUUUCAGAAAAAGUGUGUGUUAUGGGUCUUACAUUUUACUGGCAGAAUAACGGUCCUAUUAGUGACACGUCAAAUCAUUACAGAGUGUUAAAAUCAUGCACCAGCAGAAACCAAAAUAAAUGUUAAAAUGGUGAUAAAUAACAAUCUGAUCUUUCAUUUUCCAAAUACGACAUCUACAGAGAAUAAAAAUUCCAUACAGGAAACUACUUAUUUCCACAUAGGAACACUAGCACAACAUUAUACUCUUGCAUUUGUUUGUGUGCGAUAGUUCAAAUAGGAGCUAUGACAUUAAAAAUGGAAUUGCAUUGCUAUGCCAGUACUUCAAUCGCCUAAUUAUUUUUGCUACAACUUUAUCUACCGCUCUAAUAUUACCGCGCCAAACUGCAAGACUUAUCUUCUAUGUGCCUUCUGUUAUUCUACUGUUUUAAGUGUGUGCAAAAGUAAAUUCAAUAAUUCUAAACGCUAACAUUUCUAAUGCUGAUGUCAAGAAAUGGACUUGAUAAUAGUGCAUAUCUAAUAUGAAAGAUUAAUUUUAUACAUUCAGCAUAGAGCAGUUGAUGAUGUAUCAAAUGGCUAUACAAAAUGUAUCUUCUGUAAUCACCAUCAAUAUUAUGUAUGUAUACACAGCUAUCACCUGCUUAUACAGGCUGUGCAUGAAUAAAGUCAACUAUAAUGUGAA